CUCAUGGCACACACACUGUACAAACCCGUAUAAAUAUAUGCAGUAGCCUUCUCAGAAUCUCAGUCCCUCUGCCACCAAAAAAGCUCAAAAACAUGGUUAGCGAGAAAAUAAAAAUAACGGUGAGAAAUUCAUCACUCGUAUAUCCCUCAAAACCCACACCGUUAAAAAAGCUAUGGAACUCAAACCUCGACCUGGUAGUAGGCAAAAUCCACUUCCCCACCGUCUACUUCUACAAGCCAAACGGCGCUUGUAAUUUCUUCGACUCGGAGAUUCUACGUCAGUCUCUGAGCAAUGUGCUGGUAUCUUUCUUUCCGAUGGCCGGCCGGUUGAGUAAAAACGAAAAGGGCCGAGUCGAGAUUGACUGUAAUGCUCAGGGGGCCUUGUUUGUGGAGGCCGAAGCUGAUUCUAGUGUUGAUGAUUUUGGUGACUUCCGGCCAUCUCCUCAGCUCCGGCGGCUCGUGCCUGUCGCUGAUUAUUCCGGGGACAUUUCUUCGUAUCCGCUUGUCAUGGCGCAGGUGACCCGUUUCAAGUGUGGAGGAGUUUCUCUGGGACUUGGGAACCACCAUACUCUGGCCGAUGGUCUUGCAGGUCUUCACUUCGUCAACACAUGGUCCGACGUUGCUCGUGGACUGUCUGUCGCAAUGCCACCAUGUAUUGAUCGAACACUCCUUCGAGCUCGAGACCCUCGCACGCCUACAUUUGAUCAUGUCGAAUACCACCCGCCUCCUACCUUAAACACUCCCAAGAACUCCACUCUGAAUUUUGGUUCCACCACUGUCCUAAAGCUCACACCAGAUCAGCUGAACAGGCUCAAGUCCUCCACAAAGAAUGAUGGCAACACAAAGGACCACAGCACCUACGAAAUUCUAGCAGCCCAUCUGUGGCGCUGCGCUACAAAGGCUCGUGGACUUCCGGAUGAUCAAAUGACAAAACUUUUUGUAGCUACUGAUGGAAGGUCCAGAUUAUGCCCACCACUUCCCCCAGGCUACAUUGGCAAUGUAGUGUUCACGGCUACGCCACUUUCUACAGCCGGAGACCUUACGUCGGAGCCAUUAACAGAUUCCUGUAAAAGAAUCCACAGUUGUCUUGCAAAGAUGGACAAUGAGUAUCUGAGAUCAGCUCUCGACUACCUGGAAUUAGCGCCUGACUUAUCAGCACUUGUUCGAGGGCCAAACUACUUCGCGAACCCAAACCUGAACAUCAACAGCUGGGUUCGGCUACCUUUGUAUGAUUCGGAUUUUGGAUGGGGACGCCCUAUUUUCAUGGGACCUGCAGAUAUACUAUACGAAGGAACCAUCUACAUAUUACCAAGCCCGAAGAACGAUAGGAGCAUGACACUGUCAGUUUGCUUGGAAGACAGUCACAUGGAGCUGUUCAAGAAGUUCUUAUAUGAUUUCUGAUCCUGUACUAUGUAAUGUAAUAAGCGUGCCUGCGUUUUUUAGUGUGAUCAGACGAUUCCUCUGAUAUUGUAUUAAUUCGUAAUCGCCUGCAUGUAAUAAGGGAACUUCGGCUGUUUAAGUAUCACUAGAUUUCAUGCUAUCAACAAGAUUUAUUAAAAUUCUCGUGUUUCAGUCUGCA